AUGGCAGACUUGCCGGAAGAUUGCCGGCACUCUUCUUACAAGGAUCCCGGAAACGGCAAGGACACGGAUGAUAGUUCAGACACUAUUGCCAAUGGUACAAGUAGCUCUUCAGCCUCAGACGUUCCUGUCAAGGGGUUGUGUAAAGUGACCACGAUGCCAAUAGACAUAUCACAUGGAGAUAAAUUAGAGUCAGGUUCAAGUAAGUUUAGGAUGGAAAGGUCAAAAACAGAGAGGCUGAGACACUUAAGUCCUGAAGAUGCAGCACAAAUUUUUGAUGACAAAAUUCCUGUCCAGGAGAAGCUUAAAUUGUUGAACAGAAUAGCUACUGUAAAAGAUGAUGGAACUGUAGAAUUUGAAGUUCCUGUAGAUGUUGAACCUGAGGCAAUUGUUGCUCAAUCCAAGCAAGUAAAUCAUGUUGUUGAUGAUUCUCUUGAUGCAACAGACUUUCAUUACAUCCCACCAUUGAAUAUAGUAAUACUUAUUGUUGGUACACGAGGAGAUGUGCAACCCUUUAUUGCAAUAGGGAAACGCUUGCAGGAUUAUGGCCAUCGGGUUAGAUUAGCAACCCAUUCAAAUUUUAAGGAGUUUGUUUUGACAGCUGGGUUGGAGUUUUAUCCUUUAGGCGGUGAUCCAAAAGUUCUGGCUGGUUCGUGGGAUUCGGAUAAAUGGAUUGUGGGUCCUAUGCUAUGCUAUGAAGAUAUGGUUAAAAACAAGGGCUUUCUGCCAUCGGGACCUUCUGAGAUACCUAUUCAGCGAAAUCAAAUGAAAGAAAUUAUUAAUUCUCUGCUUCCAGCUUGUAAAGAACCUGAUAUUGAUUCUGGUGUCCCCUUUAAAGCAGAUGCAAUCAUUGCCAAUCCCCCUGCAUAUGGUGAAUAUGAUGAGUUUCUAAAUUAUGAAUAA